AUGACCGAGACCAAGCCCACGGGGAAGAAGCCGGUAUUCGACUCGACAAAACACGCAACCUUGCCUCCAUUUGCAGAUGCACGUGUUCUUGUUCGCCGACUCUCAGCCGAGGACGCGAACCUCAUUAUCCACAUGAAGAUCAUGGGUAUUGCAGACUUUUGUUGCUUCCAGCGAGAAUGGAAGAGCAGGUUGUUUACUAUCACGAGUGGGCUACGGAGGAUCGGUUCCACAGGUAACAAGCGAAAGACUGGUUGGCCCUUUAGCCGGCUUUUCCAAGUCGGAUUGACGCUGAUGCCGCAUGCAGAUCUCUUCAUAGAGCUGAAGCAAGGUCUUCGCGAAGUGGCACUUUCUGAUAUCACGAUUAUUAAGGUCAUUCUUCCUGAGAAAGGGCUGGAGCAAGAUGACACUACCCGAACGGCAUCGGCUAGGACCUGCUCAAGGAAAUGCCAGAAGGUGCUGGAUGGAUGGAGUAUUUACCGUGAUGGUCUCCAGCACAUCGCUCAUUUCUUCUGUGCAAGAUCCCAUACCGACCUGAACGAUGUCUUCAAGCCACUUGAGGUUGAGGCCAAGGAACUUACGAAGAUCAUCAAGGCUCCCAAAGCACGGAAUUCUGCGGAUGGCCUUGAUAUGGGGCAUGACUUGGGGAGCUUCGACGGACGGUAAUGAUAGCUAGCUUUCAAACGGGAGGAUGAACUCAAAUCCCAAACCCACUACUCCUAUUUUAUCAGGGUGGAAUUUAGGGUUGGUGCCAU